AUGAAUCGCGCAGAAAUGUAUGUGAGGAAUCUUAUCGUAGGAGACGAACCCUCUGACUCGUCCUCCGUAGCGAACGCUUUAAGCACUUACGAGGUUGAUCCUCUAAGCUCGCAUCGAGCCACAAAACCUAAGAAGAAGACGACGACGAAGAACUUGAACAAGACGUCGAACUUGAAAGAAUGUGAAGACAGCCUGGCGAGUACAUCUGACGAACAAGAAGAAGAAGAAGAAGAUUUCCUUCAAGGCGAUGUUGAGGACCUUUCCACUGGAUCAAAGUGCUCUGUGAGCAAACUCGUGAAUUGACAGAUGACUUACAUAAUUUUUUGGAUUAUGUUUAAGGUUAUCUGGCUAGGGAAUUUUGUGGUUGAUUGUCAUAUUUAGAGUACGAGCAGUAGUUCAGUGUUCGCUAAUGUAGCAAAGAAACAAAUUAACCUUGGGAUAAGAAUGAUGCUAUAACAUUUGACAAGGGAGAAUGAUGUCAUAUGUUUUAAGCAUUUUUAUUUUGAGGGCACGGUAACGAAUCCUGCAAUCUGAUUGGUUCUUACCUGGUCAGUAUUUUAUUUUAUUGUUUUUUUAGAGGGCACGGUAACGAAUCUUGCAAUCUGAUUGGUUCUUUACCCGGUCAGUAUUUUCCCUAUCUCUGCCCACGGGCCACGGUAACGCUUUCGUGAGUCGCCGAGUACAUCCCAACUUUCGUUGUCAUUUUUUCAUAAAUAUACCUCGUUUUCCGGCUGGGCAGUAUUUUUAAGCAAACACGUCGGUCACUAUCUCAAGCCGAUAAAUAACUUAUGAAUCCUCCCUUUUCUCUCUAUCAAAUCACUUUGGUUGACAGAAAAAUAUUGGUUUCAGAAUGAAUUUGAAUAACCAAUAGUGUCAUUACGUUGGUUGACAAGCGGCCUAAAAACCGUCUGCAAUUAAUUUUAAUCGUUCACAAAAAGUACCCAGAAAGUUGAAACGUGAAGUAUUUGGUUACAGUUAAACUGAACAAUGGAACUUUCAUUCAUUUAAUAUCUGAAUUUUCUCGAGCAAUUCGUUCGUAGUGAAAGAGCGAGCGAAGUUUUAAUUUAAGUUCUACAACAAAUAUACGCUCCCGGUGAGUCUUUCCAAUUCCGUUCAAUUUAGACAUUUGUACCUUAAAUUGCACGAAAGAAAUUGAAGGAAUUUUUUGAGAAAAGGCCGCAUUAAAUUCCCUUGUGUCUCGUUGGAGUGUGCCGUUCGAAUUUAGUUUUUGUGAAGGAAAGAUCAGAGUCACACACGCCAUUGCAGCAAACAAACGAGCAAACUCUCACAACUUCAAAGUAAAAAAAUUGAAUUUACUCACAAUUACUUUCCUCGCCGUUUACUUAAUGAACAAAGGUAAACAUUCGUACAUGAAUGAAUGGUCGAUGAGAGUGAAUAAUACUUUCCGUUAGAUUAUUGACUGAUUUUGAAGAAAACAUUGUCGUGACAGCCCUUGCCAAACUAGUUCUGUUGGUUUUCAAAUGUUCCUACGAUGUUUUUUUCUUACGCGCUCUCUAAUUGACAGGUGUCAGAUUGUGACAGAUACUUGUAAAAAUAAUUUUUCAAAGUUUGUUUGGAAGCCUUUUAAAUCACCUUUAUCUUUACGGAAAUGAAAAUGUUUCGCUGAGGCAUCUCUCUUAAAUUUGCAUCACCUCUAUUUUAACUACCAUUUACUCACUCAAACAUUGUUCAGUUUAUGGAAGAUCUUGCCGUAUUUACAGCCCUAAAUCAUUCGGGUUUUUUCGGAAAGAAUUUCGUCAAGUUUAAAAACAAUAAAUAUGUUAUUUACCGGCUAAGGGUCGGUCCGUAUGGUGAAAAACUGUGACCGAGGUCUUGAAAAUGCUGCCCUCGGCCUACGGCCUCGGGCAGUAUUUUCAAGACCUCGGUCACAGUUUUUCACCAUACGGACCUCCCAGCCGGCAAAUAACAUAUAUAUCUCUGCCCACGGGCCACGGUAACGCUUUCUUGAGUUGCCUAGUACAUCCCAACUUUCGUUGCCAUUUUUCAUAAAUAUAUCUCGUUUUUCCGGCUGGGCAGUAUUUUUAUGCAAACACGUCGGUCACUGCCUCAAGCCAAUAAAUAACUUAUGAAUCCUCUGUUUCCUCUGUCUCAAAUCACUUUGGUCGACAGAAAAAUAUUGGUUUCAGAAUGAAUUUCUAUAAGCAAUAGUGUCAAUUAUGUUGGUUGACAAGCUGCCUAAAAACCGUCUGCAGUUAAUUUUAAUCGUUCGCAAAAAGUACAUAGAAAGUUAAAACGUGAAGUAUUUGGUUACAGUUAAACUGAACGAUGUAACUUUUAUUCAUUUAAUAUCUGAAUUUUCUCAAACAAUUUGUUCGUAGUAAAAGAGCGAGCGAAGUUUUAAUUUAAGUUCUACAACAAAUUUACGCUCUCGGUGAGUCUUUCCGAGUCCGUUCAAUUUGGACAUUUGUACCGUAAAUUGCACAAUAGAAACUGAAGGAGUUCAAUGAGAAAAGGCCGCAUUAAAUCCCCGUUUGUUUCGUUGGAGUGUGCCAUUCGAAUUUAGUUUUCGUGGAGGAAAGACCAGAUUUACCCACGCCAUUGCAGCAAACAAACGAACAAACUCUCACAACUUCAAAAUAAAAAAAUUGAAUUUACUCGCAUUUAUUUUCCUUGUCGUUUACUUAAUGAACAGAGGUAAAUCUUCGUUCAUGAAUGAAUCGUCGAUAAGAGUGAAUAAUACUUCCCGUUAGAUCAUUGACUGGCUUUGAAGAAAACAUUGUUGUGACAGUCCUUGCCAAACUAGUUCCGUUGUUUUUCAAAUGUUCUUGCGCUUUUUCUUUUCUUAUGCGCUCCCCAAUUGACAGCUGUCAGAUUGUAACAGAUACUUAUAAAAAUAAUGUUUCAAAGUUUGUUGGAAGCCUUUUAAAUCACCUUUAUUGUUACGGAAAUGAAAAUGUUUCGGUGAGGCGUCUCUCUUUAACCUUUAGCUACUAUUUACUCACUCAAAAACUGUUCAGUUUAUGAAAGAUCUUGCCAUAUUUACAGCCCUAAAUCAUUCGGGUUCUUUCGGAAAGAAUUUCGUCAAAUUUAAAAAAAAUAAAUGUUAUUUACCAGCAAAGGGUCAGUCCGUAUGUUGAAAAACUGUGACCUCGGUCUUGAAAUGUUUUUCACCAUACGGACCUCCCAGCCAGCAAAUAACAUACAUAUAUCAUUUGUGUUUCAGGUUCGAAAGAAAAGGUUGGAAGUAAAUGUGGGUGAAAAGUGAAAUUUACUGUUUAUCAUUGUAAACAUUGGAAAAUCAAGGCAAUACUGUCUUAAUGAAAACAUUAAUGAUUCCCUCUUUAUCAAAUGAAACAAACGGGAACGAGUUUUGAGUGACAUAUAAGCCAAGACUGCCACCGUCAUUUUGGAUUUCCACCUGGGUAGAUUUUGGUCACGUGCUAAUCAAGAACAAGAUUGUGGUGUAUAAGUGUCGUAUUUUGGUACGUAAUAUCUAUCUAGAAUCUUUAAAUUGUCUUGAAACUUAAAAGAAAAUUGUUCUUUAAAAAUCCACUGGAAAUCGGUAGCCAAAAUUAUUUGUUUAGGUGUUAUUUGAUUUUCGUGUUAACCUGUAAUUUCGUCAGUCGCCGGCACCUUUUGUUGCUUCACACAGGAAAAACACACGAUACGAAAUAUAAUGAUCGAUUUUGUCCCCAAUCUCACGCCAUAACAUAAAAAGCUUUUGAACACUUGUAAAACUCCGGUCGCUUCGGAGUAAGUAAUAUUUUUAAUGAAUCUUUGGAUUGUUCUCAAGUUCAAGGAUUGCAAAUUACAAUUUUAUGGAAAACGAAGGUUGUUCUCUUAUUUCAGUGUGAAUCCUCGCACGCUUGCCAGGCGCUAGCGCCGCUUGUUGAAACUAAAACAAAAAAAAACUCUUUUAAGAUUAUCAUUGGCUUCAUUUUCACCUCACCACUAUUCUUAGCAACAAAGGUCGCCAUUUCGUUUGUUUAUUACUCGCCAAAAACUAUCAAAUGCUCUCAAAAGCCUAAAAUUGAAAAAAAGUUUACAGGAAUCGACCAAUCGAGCGAGCGAGUACCUUUCUCCACAUCAUAUCUACAACUCGCUCUUGCGCACAAUUCACGAGUUAAAAAAGAGGAGCCAGGCACCGUGUGCGAAGCCGUCAGUUCAAUAUUACAUUGAAACGAGCAAUUCAGACUGAC